CUGUUUUUGAAUCACAUGCAGAGUAUUUUUUAUAACAAUAUUUACCUGUUAAUUCUUUUGUUUUCCAGUUCAUUUUGGAAGUGGAUAACUGCUCAGAUUGCAAGAAUAACAAGAGUGCUGAGAGCUCAAUUUGGAAGAGCCAUGGAAGAAUCUUCCCAGCCUGCUAAACCCCUGGAGAUGAACCCUCACUCUCGCUUUAUUAUCGGUUCUGUGUCAGAGGAUAACUCAGAAGAUGAGACAAGCUCCUUGGUGAAACUUGACCUGCUAGAGGAGAAAGAGAGGUCUCUGUCCCCUGUUUCUGUCUGCUCGGAUUCGCUUUCAGACUUGGGACUUCCUAGUGCUCAAGAUGGCCUGGCAAACCAUAUGAGGCCCAGCAUGUCUGGUUUGCACCUCGUAAAGCAAGGCCGGGACAGGAAGAAAGUUGACGUGCAGCGGGAUUUCACUGUGGCUUCUCCUGCAGAAUUUGUUACUCGUUUCGGAGGGAACAGAGUUAUUGAAAAGGUCCUGAUAGCCAACAAUGGGAUUGCAGCAGUGAAAUGCAUGAGGUCGAUCCGGCGCUGGUCCUAUGAGAUGUUCCGAAACGAGCGGGCGAUCAGAUUUGUUGUCAUGGUGACUCCUGAGGACCUGAAAGCAAACGCAGAGUACAUUAAAAUGGCAGAUCACUACGUGCCAGUUCCAGGAGGACCAAACAACAACAACUAUGCAAAUGUGGAACUCAUUCUUGAUAUUGCUAAGCGCAUUCCAGUGCAGGCUGUAUGGGCUGGCUGGGGCCAUGCCUCUGAGAACCCAAAACUACCAGAACUUCUCCACAAAAAUGGGAUUGCUUUCAUGGGUCCUCCAAGCCAAGCAAUGUGGGCUUUAGGAGAUAAAAUUGCAUCGUCAAUAGUGGCUCAGACUGCUGGCAUCCCAACUCUUCCUUGGAGUGGCAGUGGUCUUCGAGUAGAUUGGCAAGAGAAUGAUCUUCAGAAGCGCAUCCUGAAUGUUCCUCAGGAGCUGUAUGAAAAGGGCUAUGUGAAGGAUGCAGACGACGGCCUGCGGGCUGCUGAGGAAGUUGGCUACCCUGUCAUGAUCAAGGCCUCUGAAGGAGGAGGAGGGAAAGGAAUUAGGAAAGUUAAUAAUGCAGAUGACUUCCCCAACCUAUUUAGACAGGUUCAGGCUGAAGUCCCAGGCUCUCCGAUCUUUGUAAUGAGGCUGGCCAAACAGUCCCGCCACUUGGAGGUGCAGAUCCUGGCAGACCAGUAUGGCAAUGCCAUCUCUCUCUUUGGUCGGGAUUGCUCCGUGCAACGCAGGCACCAGAAGAUUAUUGAAGAAGCACCUGCUUCUAUUGCAACUUCAGUGGUGUUUGAGCACAUGGAACAGUGUGCAGUGAAGCUUGCAAAAAUGGUGGGGUAUGUGAGUGCAGGCACUGUGGAAUACCUCUACAGCCAGGAUGGCAGCUUCUACUUUCUGGAGUUGAAUCCCCGUCUGCAAGUGGAGCACCCCUGCACCGAGAUGGUAGCUGAUGUUAAUCUUCCUGCAGCACAGCUCCAGAUUGCCAUGGGGAUUCCACUGCACCGGAUCAAGGAUAUCCGAGUGAUGUAUGGUGUUUCCCCAUGGGGAGAUGGAUCUAUUGAUUUUGAGAAUUCAGCCCAUGUCCCCUGUCCACGUGGCCAUGUUAUUGCUGCACGUAUCACCAGUGAGAAUCCUGAUGAGGGAUUUAAGCCCAGUUCUGGUACAGUCCAGGAACUGAAUUUCCGCAGCAAUAAGAACGUCUGGGGCUAUUUCAGUGUUGCUGCUGCAGGAGGGCUUCAUGAAUUUGCUGAUUCUCAGUUUGGUCACUGCUUCUCGUGGGGAGAGAAUCGUGAAGAAGCCAUCUCAAACAUGGUGGUGGCUUUGAAGGAGCUGUCCAUCCGAGGGGAUUUCCGAACCACUGUUGAAUACUUGAUAAAACUGUUGGAAACAGAAAGCUUCCAGCAGAACCGCAUUGACACUGGCUGGUUGGAUCGGCUUAUUGCUGAGAAAGUGCAGGCUGAAAGGCCUGACACCAUGCUAGGAGUGGUCUGUGGAGCUCUUCACGUGGCUGAUGUGAGCUUUCGAAACAGCGUCUCAAACUUCCUGCACUCUCUAGAAAGGGGACAAGUCCUGCCUGCUCACACUUUGCUAAACACUGUGGAUGUGGAACUCAUCUAUGAAGGACGGAAAUAUGUGUUGAAGGUGACCCGACAGUCUCCCAAUUCCUACGUGGUCAUCAUGAACAGCUCUUGUGUGGAAGUUGAUGUGCACCGACUGAGCGACGGAGGGCUGCUCCUAUCUUACGAUGGUAGCAGCUAUACCACAUACAUGAAAGAAGAAGUGGACAGGUAUCGCAUCACUAUAGGUAACAAGACUUGUGUGUUUGAAAAGGAAAAUGAUCCUUCCAUUCUGCGCUCGCCUUCGGCUGGGAAGCUUAUCCAGUAUGUGGUGGAGGAUGGGGGACACGUGUUUGCAGGCCAAUGCUUUGCAGAAAUAGAGGUGAUGAAAAUGGUGAUGACACUAACAGCAGGAGAAUCAGGCUGCAUCCAUUAUGUCAAACGCCCUGGGGCAGUGUUGGAUCCAGGCUGUGUGAUUGCCAAACUCCAGCUGGAUGAUCCCAGCAGGGUUCAGCAGGCUGAACUGCACACGGGCACCUUGCCACAGAUCCAGAGCACAGCACUUCGAGGCGAGAAACUCCAUCGCAUCUUCCAUUAUGUCCUGGAUAACCUGGUCAACGUGAUGAAUGGGUACUGCCUGCCAGAGCCCUACUUUAGCAGCAAGGUGAAGGGCUGGGUUGAGCGACUAAUGAAGACACUGAGAGAUCCAUCUUUGCCUCUGCUGGAACUUCAGGACAUCAUGACCAGUGUUUCUGGACGGAUCCCACCCAAUGUGGAGAAGUCCAUCAAGAAGGAGAUGGCCCAGUAUGCCAGCAACAUCACAUCAGUCCUUUGCCAGUUUCCCAGCCAACAGAUUGCCAAUAUCUUGGAUAGCCAUGCAGCCACCUUGAACCGCAAAUCAGAGCGUGAGGUCUUUUUCAUGAACACACAGAGUAUUGUGCAGCUUGUACAGAGGUACCGGAGUGGUAUUCGGGGUCACAUGAAAGCAGUGGUAAUGGAUUUGCUCCGUCAGUAUCUGAAGGUGGAGACUCAGUUUCAGCAUGGUCACUAUGACAAGUGUGUCUUUGCCCUUCGGGAAGAGAAUAAAAGCGACAUGAAUGCUGUAUUGAAUUACAUCUUCUCACAUGCUCAGGUCACCAAGAAGAACCUGCUUGUCACAAUGCUCAUUGUAAGUUGUCUGUUUAUUCUCUAGAAAUUUGCUUCUCCU